CUUGUGAACAAUUGAAUAACAACAUCGCAUGGCGGCGACCAAUAGCUAUAUAAUUGAUGAAGAAAAUCUGAUAUGCGCCAUUUGUUUGGAUAUAUGGCUGGAAAAGGAUCCGAGAAUUUUACCCUGUCAGCAUACAUUCUGCAGAGAAUGCCUGGAAAAGUUAGCCAUUCACAAUACGCAAAUUACGUGCUGUUUGUGUAAAGUAAAGCAUAAAAUUCCUAAAGGCAAAAUAGUAAAGAUUAAAAAGAAUAGUUUAAAGAGUUCUCUUCAAAAUGUAUCAACUGUUGAAAAGCUAUGUAUAAAACACAAAAAAGAGGCGUCGCUCUAUUGUAAAACUCAUAAAAUUGUCGAUUUAUGCUCUAAAUGUUGUGAAAUCAACCAUUUCGAAUGUGAUAUUAAUACAAUGAAAAAUCAAGAAAAACGUCUAAAACUAAUGAAUUCCUACGAAGAAAGUGAAAAGGAAAUGAUUAAAAAUCAACUCAAAGAAAUUGACGAUAUUGAAAUUAUUUGGAUAAAUAAGAUUAAAGAACAAUUUCAACUGAUUAAAAAGCAAUUAGAUACCAUUGGUAAGAAGAAGAUUACAGAAUUUAAGAAUGUACUGCAAAAUCUACACUGCAAUGAAAAUUUAAAAGAAUUAAUAGACAUAUUUUUAAAAGGCAAAACAAAUGUAAAAUUAUUAAACGAACCGGAAGUUUGUUAUAAAAUUGAGCAAUUCAAUAGGAAAACACUAUAUUCGUUUCGAGCGGAAAAAGAUUCAUCAAACUCUUUCAUAGAUUUUUCGCAAAACUGUAAAAAUACUGACGAUGUACAAAGAUUAAUGAAACUUUUAGAGGGAAACACUAAAAUAGAAACAAUAGAUAUAUCUAAUAAUAUUAAAGUGGGCGAUAAUCUAAGAGAAAUUUGUGAACAACUGCAAAAUUCAUCGAAUUCAUUAAGGGAGAUUAUCUUUGAAAAAUGUAAUUUAAACGAACAACAAUGUUUUUAUAUCGGAAAAAUGCUUUUAAAAUGCUCUAGAAUUGAAAGUAUAAGGCUUGGUGGUAAUUCCAAUAUGGGAAAUGGAUUAUUAUAUAUUUGCGAAGGUGUUGAAUCAUUUGUAAACAGUUUGAAAAGAAUUAAUUUCAACUAUUGUCAAUUCAAUAAUCAUCAAUGCUAUUUUAUUAAAAAUCUCUUGUUAACUUGCUCAAACCUCGAAGUAAUUGAUCUGGGACAGAAUAGAAAUAUGGGAGAUGAUGGCCUACAGGAAAUUUGCCAGUCGUUAGAGAAAUCUUCCAACUGUUUAAAGGAAAUUAACUUUUAUUGUUGUAAUUUAAAUGAGAAACAAUGCAAUUCUAUUGGAAAAUUGUUAAUGAAUUGCUCCAAAAUUGAAUUGAUAAAUUUAGCUUGGAAUUUCAAUAUGGAAAAUGGAUUGAAUAACAUUUGUAAUGGACUUUCUCAUUCUGUCAACAGUUUGACAGUUUUAAAUUUUGCUUUGUGCAAUUUGAAAGAAAAGUCUUGUAGCCUUAUUGAAAAUCUAUUAAAGUCUUGUUGUAAUAUUGAAAAAAUUAACUUAUCAGAGAAUAAAGAAAUGGGAAAAGGACUAAUCUUAAUUUGCCAAUCACUAGAAAAGUCGGCCAACAGCCUUAAGGAUAUUGAUUUAUCUUUGUGUGAUUUAUCUCAGGAUCAGUGUAUCUCUAUUGGUUGUCUAUUGAAGAAUUGUAGACGAAUUGAGACCAUUAAUUUAGAAUUUAAUGAAAAUAUGGGAUUUGGCUUACUGUUUAUUUGCUUUGGUCUUCAAAUCUCGUUAAAUAGUUUGAAAGAAAUCAAUUUCGCUUCGUGUAAUAUUAAUGAGAGUUUGUGCUCAAUUCUUGAGACUCUUUUCUCUUCUUGCUCCAAAAUUGAGAUUAUCAAUCUAUCUAAUAAUAGAAAUAUUGUUAAUGGAUUGUACAUUUGGGAAGGGAUUAGAAAAUCAUUUAGCACUUUAAAGAAAAUGAAUUUUGACGCAUUUCAUCUGCAAUUACGCAAUUUACUCCAGAAUGUACUCAACACUAAUGGACGUUACUUAUUAAUGAACAACAGCAAUUGGUCAUCUUUUGACGAAAUAUGGAAUGAAAAUAUGACUGACGGAAUAAUAAAUGUUUGCAAAGGAUUAGAAAACUCGUCAAAUAAUCUAAGAGAAAUCAAUAUCAGUUCGUCAAAUUUGAAUAGAAAUGUAUGCCAUCACAUUAUGAAUAUGUUGAAAAAGUGCUCAAGAAUUGACACUAUAAAUAUUGGGUUUAAUGAAAAUAUUGGAAAAGAUGGACUUUUUGACAUUUGCCAAGGUUUGGAAAACUCUGUCAACACUUUAAAGGAAUUGGUUUUCACUUGUUGCAAUUUAGAUGAGAAUAAAUGCAAAAUUAUUGGAAAUUUAUUAAUAAAAUGCUAUAAAAUUCAAAUAAUAAACUUGGCAUUGAAUAGAAAUAUGGAAACUGGUUUGCUGUGUAUUUGCGACAAACUACAAAAUUCAGCAAACAAUUUAAAAGAAAUUAAUGUUGAAUGUUGUAAUUUAUACGAUUCUCUGGCGGAAAAUAUCAGUUACCAGUUUACAAACUGUACAGUAAGAAUAUAACUAAUAUUUAUCAUUAACACGAAGAAAAAGCAGGAUCAAAACAAUUCCUUUUUUUAGAAAUGAAGUUUUAGUUUAAAAAUGGUUAUAGUUAGAAGAAAUAAUAUUCUAGAACUGUUGUUUUGUAAUCAGGGUUGAAGGGUUUGGAACAAUGGAAGAGGUUUGGCAAUAGACAAAACAAAACCACAAAGACUUCUUUAUUAAUAAAUAUACUUUGAAAGAAACAGGCAAGAGAUAAAUCAUCUAUUGAAACUGACUGAUUCCUGGAAUCAUUAAAUUAAAUGAUUGAAUCAGGAACUCUCAUUUUUUUCCUACCGAUCUUUUUGACAUUGUUUGAGAAGGAUUCAAAUAGAGAUAUGCUGGUCUUGUUCAAGGCUGCCUGAGAUCUGGCUAUUGCCAUUACUAUACACAGUCAUUACAUUCUUGAACACAUUCAUCGUCUAUUCCUUGAAUUUAUUAAAUUCCUCUCCCAGAGUGUUUUUGAUUAAUUUUUGGACAUACCAUACUCUCUGAGAUUGAGAGAGUGUUGAAGGGUUAUCCGAGAAAGAACCUUUAGUGAUAGGAAUACCCUUCCUCUCUUUUAGUAUUCCUCUUUUUCUCUUGUCAAACUUCUCGACAGAUAUUUUUUGUGAUUAAUUUGCUUUAAGACUAGAAUACAGAAAAUACAUUAGAGUGU